GAAAUUUAACACUACGCAUGCGUUGGGCACCAACCUUUGUUAACAUUGUCAGUCAUUUUCAUCUGCUAAAGCAAUGUUAUAACAAGUUUCGUGGCUCAAUUUUCGAGAGGAGAAAAAAAAAAAUACAAUUUUUUAUAUUACGCUGAAAUGGCGUCAAUGACUGGAAGCCGGCCAGCUGGUUCUGAUGGAAGUGAUUUUUGGCACCGAGAAAGUAUCGCUUGGCAACAUAAACAAAGUGUUCAAGACUGUUUUGAGCCAAAACGAAAAGUAGACACAGUUGUUGUCAACGAACUUGACAUUCGUCAAGCCUGUCUUGUUAGUUGCAUAAAUAAGUCUCGGCUGAAGUUUGAUAUUGUUAUACACUCGAUGCUAUCCAUUCUCAUGUUUAUACGCCUUCUGCCCUGCUUGGUUGCCUUCCUGGGGACAUCAUCUCUAGAAUCAAUUCGCAAAUGGGAUGUCCCAAAUGCCAGACCAUGGGAAUACAUCUGGUUCAUAAGCUCAUUAUCUGCCUACUUGGGAUGGAAAGCAAUGGCUAAGAACGACACAAUCCUCAUUAAACAAUACAUUAUUGGUAGUGUUGUGUUUGGAGUUUUACCUGUCCUAUAUGGAUUUGUUGAUCAAGGAGAUGACUUUUAUGAUUACAUCAUGAAUAAACAACAAUCAUCCAAGAUGCUUGGUUUUCCUGCUGUUCUUAUCUGGUUUAUGUUUUUGGCUAUCUCAGCACAAAUCCAUGGGCUAGGCUUAUAUUUCUCUAUACAAUUAAUCAAAGCCUGGAAACCCAGGAAAAAGAAAACGAAGUGACAUUAAUUGCAGAUGAUACGACUUGAAAUUUGAAAGAAAAGGGAAAAAAAAGUAAAAAGAACACAAAAAAAAAACAGAAAACAAAAAUGAAAGAAAAUUAAUAAAUAAAAUUAUAUUAAAUUCAAACAUAUUUCUAUUAAAUACAUUUUUAUUUAAUUUUUACAUAAAAAUUAUUUUGAAAUAAACUUCUGAAAAUUCAACUAAAAUCUAAAAAAAACAAAUGGAAGUCUUGAGCAGCUUCUAGACCUUUCAGCCUGUUUCUGUUUUCCAGUGAUAUCUGAAACUAAACAGUGUGUAUGAUGAUAUGGUUUGACCAUGACUGAUAACAGUUUCUGAACCUAAUAUAUUAUUCUCUACUAA